GUAUAUGUGUACACACAACACACUAAAACGUUGUCCCUCACUUUUCAUCUGUUACCCUCGCAACUUUGUUGGCGUCUGUUAACGUUGUGCUGCUGUCUCCAAACACACUCACAACACAUAACAAACUCAAUCCAUCACCUCACUGUCCAAAACCCUAAUCUUUCACUGUUCUUCUGUUGUCACGCUGACCCAACACUUUUUUCACUUGAACUUCAGGAAAGGAACCCUUUUUACCACACCCACAUGAAAUCAUCGUCCAUUCAGGUCUGGGUUGGUUUGCUCAAUAUCACUGAUUCAUUUUGCAAGUAAAAGUUCAAUCUUUUUGUGGUGUCUUUGUGUUUUUCUUGAAUCUCUUAGCAUCCAUCAGGCUGAUAGGUUAGGGUGUUGUGUGUUUGGGCAAGUGGGGUUUAGAAGGGGAAAUCUUGGGAGUUGGGUGGAUUGGUGAGAGAAAAAGGCAGUUAUGGUGACUGCUGAGACUGAGAUUGGUGGGGAUCAGAAGGGGAUUGUUGCUCCUAAGUCCCCUUGGAAGACUCCUGCUGGUGAUGGGAAGGGAAGUGAUGUGUCUGUGAUGAUGGGCACUGAGGCUUGGCCAGCUCUCUCUGAUGCACAAAGACCACCCAAAAAUGUUGAGAUUGCUGCUGCUUCUGUGGCAAAUGUUGGUGAGGUUGCUCCUAGACCUCCUUCUAUGCAGAAGGUGAAUGAUUCUGGAAAUAUUAACCCGGUACAUAAGCUGCCAUCAUCCCGUCAUCCAAAGCUGGGUGCUAAGCGAAACUCAAGUGGUGCACCUCCCUUUCCUGGUCCACUGCCUUAUCUUCAGCCAGUUCCUCCAAUUUUUUAUCCUAUGGUACCGCCUCCACAUAUUGCUGUUCCUGGUUAUGCUUUUCCACCUGGUCCAGGACCUUUUCCCGGUGUAGAAACUCCUAUGGGGAAGCCGGUAUCCCAGCCACCAGGACAAGCUUUUGCUCCGCCUGCUCAUGCUGUUGAUCCCAAAAGUGUUCAGCCGCCAGUGCAAGGGGAGCCAAAUGCUUAUGCUGCUAAUUUUUCUAAUGGAAGACCAAACAUCCAGGAACAAGGUGACCAUCCAAAUCAUGCCUGGCAUCAUCAGAGGCCUUUUCCUUCCAGAGCAAACAUUCCUAUGCAACAUGGUUUCGGACCAAGGCCAUUUAUACGGCCUCCAUUUUAUGGUCCGCCUCCGGGGUACAUUGUUGGUCCAGGCUUCCCAGGAUCUGCCCCAUAUUGGGGUGUCACUAUGCCACCUCCUGGCUCCAUUAGAGGACCCCAUCCUCGGCAAUUUGUUCCAUAUCAUGUCAACCCCACGCCUCAGCCACCACCUCCGGACACUGCAUCUUUGAGGACUAGUAUUGUUAAACAGAUAGACUAUUACUUUAGUGACGAAAAUCUGCAGCAUGACCAUUACCUUAUUUCCUUGAUGGAUGACCAAGGAUGGGUUCCCAUAUUCACUAUUGCUGGUUUUAAAAGGGUCAAGAGGAUGAGCACAGACAUACCUUUUAUCCUUGAUGCACUUCAGAGCUCUAAUAAUGUGGAAAUUAAGGGUUACAAAAUAAGGAAAUGCGAUAAUUGGUCAAAAUGGAUUCGAGUUUCUUCAGGAAAUUCAGAAUCAUCUACAGCUCAGAUUCAGCAGAACCAACUUGUAGAUGGUGCUGUCAAUUCCCUUGAGAAUAGUGAUGCUGCUGGAGAUAAUACAAUAGAGACAUCUGAGGCAAAUCCUAAAGAUGCUGUUCAUAAUUCAAUUUUGGCUGAACAUGAUCAGCUCAAUGAAGAUAAGUUGCAAGUUUCACAUGCAAACCAAGGAAACAAUACGGAGAGCCAUUAUUCCAAUGGUAAACCGAUUGUUGCAACUGGUGAAAAUGUCAAAUUGUGUGAUUUUGACACAAUUAGCAGUAAUUUACGUGAUCUACAAGAAACUGAGCCCAAAAUAUUUGACAAUAAUGAGACUAGAAACAUGGAUGCAUUGAAUGAUAUGGAUGUCCAGGACCUUACAAAUGAUUUUGGCAAUACCUUUAUGCUCGAUGAAGAGAUAGAGCUUGAGCAGAAGAUGAUAAAGAAGAGUGAACUUUCUUCUAGUGGAAGGAUUGACGAUGAAGAUGAUGAGAUGGCUGUCAUUGAACAGGAUGUUCAAAGACUAGUAAUUGUCACCCAGAAUGGUGAUCCUAAACAAGGAUAUAGAGGUGGUGGCAAAGAAUCAAAAUCCAUUUCCAAUGAGCUUGCUUCUGCAAUAAAUGAUGGGCUUUACUUCUAUGAGCAGGAGCUGAAACAUAGGCGGUCUAAUCGUAGUAGAAAGAAUAACUCUGAUAGUAGAGAUCGGAAUAUCAAAUCUCCUAGCCAUAAUUCGGGUGUGUCAAAUUUAAAGGCAGUUGAGAAUAUAGGUGCAAACAGUGUUGAAGAGUCUGGAAGCAAUACUUCUCGAAGGAAACAGAAAGUAUUUCACAAACAACCAUCUUCCCUUAAGCAGCGGUUUUUCUCAAGUAAUUUUAGAAAUCAUGGAACUAGUCGCAAUUCUCACGGAAUCAUAUCCGAAAGUCCACCUAGUAAUUCGGUCGGAUUUUUCUUUGCUUCUACGCCUCCUGAAAAUCAUGGUUUCAAGCCUUCCAAAUUGAGUAGUUCACCUCAUGGUGGCCUUUCUGGUAGUCCACAUGGAGGAUUUUCGGGCAGUCCUCAUGGAGGAUUUUCGGGCAGUCCUCAUGGAGGUUUUUCGGGCAGUCCUCAUGGAGGUUUUUCAGGCAGUCCUCAUGGGGGGUUCUCUGGUAGUCCACCUGUGGGUUCCAUGCCAAAGUCUUUUCCACCGUUUCAGCAUCCAAGUCACCAACUCUUGGAAGAAAACGGUUUCAAACAGCAGAAGUACUUGAAGUAUCAUAAACGGUGUUUGAAUGAUAGAAAGAAACUUGGAAUUGGUUGCAGUGAGGAAAUGAAUACAUUAUACAGGUUCUGGUCCUAUUUUCUUCGGGACCUGUUUGUGCCUUCUAUGUAUAAUGAAUUUAAGAAAUUAGCUAAGGAAGAUGCUGCUGCUAAUUAUAAUUAUGGCAUAGAGUGUCUUUUCAGAUUCUACAGUUAUGGUUUGGAGAAGGAAUUUAGAGAUGAUUUAUACAAGGACUUUGAACAUCUCACUCUGGAUUUCUACCAUAAGGGCAACCUGUAUGGCCUGGAAAAAUAUUGGGCAUUUCACCAUUACCGGAAGAUCCGCGACCAUAAAGAGCCUUUGAAUAAACACCCUGAUCUGGAUAGGUUGCUCCGGGAAGAGUAUAGGGGUUUGGAGGAUUUUCGUGCCAGAGAAAAGACUGGUGAAAGAGGAUUUGAAUUAAGUUGAGUGAUAUGCCUGGUAAAUAGACAUGGCAUAGAGUUUUGAUGGCAUUCCCAAUUUUGAUGAGAAGUCUUGACAACAUAACAAUAGAGUUGUUGUGAAGUAACCGGCCUGCAUUUUGGUUUGAAUGGAAAAAGAGAGGAAGAUUGUUUGUUUGUUCUCUAUAUUUGGUGAGAAAUCUCAUCAAAGAGGAUUGCUGAUUGCUUAGUGUUUUCAGGUUUCUUUGAUGAUGAUGAUGAUGAUUCUAUAUGGUAUACACCACUGCAUCCUUUCUUUGGUGGAUCUUGCAGACUUUGGGAGACACGUUUUCUUGUCUCAAAAAAUGUUGUACAUAAAGAUGAUAGAGACUAGAGUUGUGACAUUACAGCAUAAGAAAAAGAGGUUCUUGUUUUUAUUUUUGGUGGGGGGUGAAAAAGGGGAAAAGGGUUGUACUUAUAUCUUGCCAAACUUGAACAAUAAGAGUGAGAAUCUUCUUACUGUA